CAAAGCUUCGAGCGAUCGCCGGCUGGGAGUGAGCGUCCUCUCCUCCGAUUUAGGGGAGAAUUUAGAUUCUUGUCGCGUGUGGAGUACGACCGCUUCAUCCCGUUCCGAUCGGCGAUGGACAUGGACUUCGCACGCUGUGCUCUAACCAUGCCUUCCAGACCUCAGCGUGAUGGUUCGAUAGAAUCCCCAUCGAGUGUGGCGUACCAAAAACUUCUUGUUCAAUGUAUUUUUAAGAACAGAUCUCGCAUCUUCGCAUUCAAGAGUGCACCCGAAUCACCGGCCGACAAGGUGUCCCAAUUUGACGAGGACAAUCGACCGCACAAGAAGCAACAGAGGCGAAUCCCAAAAGAUGCAGAUAGGGUUUUGGCUGCUUAUGAUAUCUUAGAUGAUGAUAGGUUGAAUCUACUCGACUGGGGAAGCAAUAACGUGUUGGCGAUUGGCCUCAAUGACAAAGUGUGCCUAUGGAAUGCUGCGAAUAAGUCUAGUACGGAGUUUUCACGAGCCCUAGAAGACAACAGCCCUGUCACUAGCAUCAGCUGGUCCCCAGACGGCAAAGUUCUAGCUGUGGCAUUAGGCAAUUCAGAUUUAGAUCUGGUUGAUGCAGCAACAAGACGUGUGUUGGUUGGGAUCCAAGGUGACAGCCACUCCUUUGUUUGUUCACUUGCGUGGAGAAGUAAUGCAAUCUUGACGUCUAGGAGAUCCGAUGGUAGUAUUGUUGAUUAUGACAUUAGAAAAGAUGACCGGGCCAUCUGUGACUAUAGAGGGCAUCGACUAGAAGUUUGUAGUCUUAAAUGGUCCGAGUUGUUUGGGCGGUAUCUGGCAAGCGAAGGGAAGGACAAACUUGUGCACAUAUGGGACACCUGCAUGGCUGUUGCAAAUCACCAUCCGCGCCAACAUCAAUUGCUUCACAAGAUCAGCAACCACACUUCCACUGUGAGGGCCCUUGAUUGGUGCCCUACCAGGAGCAAUCUGUUGGCUUCUGGUGGAGGACGCAAUGAUCAUUGCAUUAAGUUUUGGAAUGCUGUUAAUGGUGUUUGCUUGAACUCGAUUGAUACCGGCUCUGAAGUUUGUGCGUUGUUGUGGGACAAGAACAAAUCUGAAUUGCUGACCUCCCAUGGGUUUCCAAACAAUCAACUCACCCUGUGGAAUUACACAUCCAUGACGAGAAAAGCUGAGCUUUUUGGUCAUUCAUCUCGUGUUCUUUACUUGGCUGGGAGCCCAUUGGGAGGUGUAGUAGCUUCUGCCGCAGAAGAUGAGACACUCAAGUUCUGGAAUGCCUUUGAGAUUCCCAAACCACCAAAACCUGAAGCAAACACUGUGCCCUUUGCCCAAUUUAGUGUCAUAAGAUGAAAAUGCUGAUGGUUGGAAAAGACUACGAGAGUAAUACGGAAAACUUCUUUAGUGCUUGACAAGAAGAUCCAUUGUUGAUAGCGUUGCAUAGAGCAGUUUGUGGCAUCAAAGAGGCAACAUAUUUUCAUACAAGCAUCAUACAUUUAAGAUCUUCGGAUACGAGUGCAAGCGCAUAAGUUAAGUAAGAAAUUUACAACCAUGCUUUAAUUUUUACAGCAUUUUAAUAGGCUUAUUAUACAACAAACCAAUGUGGUUGCAACUGCAAGUUUGAUUUUUGUAUCCAAUUUUUCUUUCAGCUUUGCAUAUAUCUUGGGUAUAACCUUUACCAUAUUGAUGACACAUGCAAUCUAUAA